CUCUCUGUGACAUACAGUAGAUGGUGCAUCGAUUGCACACAGACGCUUGCUUUCCCCUCUCUCGCUAGGAAGUCCUGUGCAGGGAGGAGAGGACGGAUUGAGACACAUCUCUCUCUCCCACACUCUCUCUCUCACUCUCUCUUUCUCGCUCUCCUUCGUUCUGCCAAGCUAAUGUGAGGAAGCUGUCUGCCUUCUCUCUCCCGUCUCGGAGGAUUCUGCUGUAGAGAUGCCCACCUGGAAAGUCCUCUCUCUACGUCCUGUGGAGAUCUGAAGCCAACGUGAUGUCUCAGCUCCUGCACAUGGAGAUCCCCAACUUUGGCAGCGCGGUGCUGGACAGCCUAAACGAACAACGGCUGCUGGGCCAACACUGCGAUGUGGCCAUCAUGGUCAAUGGUCAGGCCUUCAAGGCCCACCGGGCCGUGCUGGCCGCCAGCAGCCUCUACUUCCGUGACCUCUUCAGUGACAGCAGUCAGGCCCUGUUUGAGCUGCCCUCUUCUGUGGCGCCGUCUUGCUUCCAGCAGAUCCUGUCCUUCUGCUACACGGGCAGGAUGACGGUGACAGCCAGCGACCAGCUGAUGGUCAUGUACACGGCGGGUUACCUUCAGAUCCAAAACAUCGUGGAGCGUGGCAUGGACCUGAUGUUCAAGGCCAAUGCUCCAUUCUGCGACUCGCAGACGUCUGCGGCGGAUGAUCCCCCCAGCCCGAACAACAACAACAACAACUCCGCUCUGUUGCUAGGCGACCAGCCCACGGCCGUCUGCAAAAUCAAGGAAGAGAAGCUGGAGACCCCGGUGUGUGCUCAGAGCGGGGAGCUCAAGCAACCCGAGGACGACGUCAAGGGACUCAGGAGCAGGUCUUCCAGGGGCAGCACGCUUUUCUACACCAGCGGGGUGGGGAACGGGACCCUGAGCAUGGUCCACCCAUACGAGCACUCGUCCAGAGACCACUCCAGCCCUGGGGCGUCCAGCCUGCCCACCACUGACAGCCCCACAUCCCAUCAGAACGAGGAGGAGGACUUUGAAGAUGACUCAUACGACAACCUCACCAGUGGGAAGAUCUACAGUGUCUCGGCUGGUCUCUAUGGCAUGCACGAGAAGAUGGAGGUGUCCUCCCUGCCUCCGUCCCUGGAGAGCCGUUUCUGUGUGCUGCUCGGAGGGGACAGGGAGGCUUUGCCUGCCGGACUUAUCAGCCAGAUCGGCUACCGCUGCCACCCAGCACUAUACACAGAGGGAGAUCCAGGAGAGAGACUGGAGCUGAUUGCAGGAUCUGGUGUAUUUAUGACACGUGGGCAGCUGAUGAAUUGCCACUUGUGCGCCGGGGUCAAGCACAAAGUCCUGCUCCGGCGCCUCCUUGCUGCAUUUUUUGACAGGAACACACUGGCAGACAGCUGUGGAACAGGCAUCCGCUCUUCCAACUGUGAUCCAAAUCGCAAACCACUGGAUAGCCGCAUACUGAACACAGUCAAACUCUACUGUCAGAACUUUGCCCCCAACUUCAAGGAGAGUGAAAUGAACGUGAUUGCCGCAGAUAUGUGCACCAACGCCCGAAGGGUCCGUAAGCGCUGGCUGCCCAAGAUCAAGUCCAUGCUCCCUGAGGCUAUUGAGGCAUACCGGGGCUCUGUGGUGCUUGGCCAGGUGGACGGAGUGGCCCAGCCAAGCCCUUCCUUCCCCUUUGAGUCUGACUUCAAACACCUGGCCCAGUCCAACCUGACUCUGGAGCAGCAUCUCUAUGGAGACUGCAGAGAGACACUGAGAAAUGGUCACUUCCCUGGAGCAGCCAUAGAGGAUAGAGCCAGCACGGAGACGGGCAAAGCUGCUGACCCGCUGCGAGCACGGCCUGUGGACAGCCCAGAGGACAUGCCGGCGAGGCAUGUGGAGGGCUCAGAGAGAGCGGGAACUGUUCUCACCCUCAACCCGGCCAGCAAGAGAGCGGAAGGGGACGGAGCAUGCAGCAGCCCCAAAAGCCAGCCAGAAGAACACAGCGGAGAGAGACCCCUGGUAGAAGACCAGUGAGUCAGGCCACUUUAAAGUGGUCUACUCUUCAAACAGGACCACUACCACUAAUUCCAUGGAUUACACCACCUAAAUAUCAAUACCAUGUCGAACGCUGCACGACCUAGGGGAGGGGGGAGGGAGUGGGGAUACGGACAUACAAUAGUUUCCCUGGAUAUAUCAAAAGACCUUCAAUGCCCAAUACACCAAGUCUGCAUAGAGCUGUAAGAGAUAAAGCGGUCAUUUAUCAUAAAUAAUAUUCUCUAUCUCUUACAUACAGACACAAACAAACACAUAUACUACUACAUACACAUGCUAACAUCCUACAGGCUGGGUUGUUAUGGAUAUGAUGCUCAGCAUUUUACUGACUAAUCUUCCACAGAGUUACACAGACCAUACAAAUGGUUCAUGGAACACUGCAUGGCAAGGUUAAAAAAACAAGCAAAAGAUAAUGCACCUGUUCAUUAACAUAUACAUGCUUCAGAUAUCAAAGCUAUACUGCUGGAUGUGGACUAUAACAGGAGGAGAGCAGAGAGCUGCUUUAGUGAAAAAGAGCUGACUAUGGGACUGCUGACGUGAACACAGAGUAGGAAGCAGAACAGAGAACAACAGUCCUCUGGAGAGAGAAAUGCUGGACUCUCACUUUCUCCUCCCAUGCUCUUUUUUCUUUUUUUUUUUCUUCUCUAUUUGCUCGGGCUCAAGCUGCUGUAUAGUACAUGCUUGCCUGAUUUUUGCAUAUCAGCUGGUCUGGAAAAUUGAAAUACUGAUGGUUUUAGAAGUGAAAUAAAGGAAAGCA